AUGGCACACGGUAUAUCUGAUCCAGAAAAUAAGAAAGAACAUUUCGAUUCAGCCACUGAACUAAACGAAAAAUUGGAUCUACUUUCUCAAUGGAUCAAAGAAAGCCAACAUUUUAUUGUAUUUACCGGAGCUGGUAUAUCUACAUCGACUGGGAUUCCAGACUUUCGCAGUGGAAUGGACACUGUCUUGAAAACUGGGCCAGGAGAAUGGGAGCUAGAAGAUCAUAAAGCCAAACGAUUGAAAUCUGAUGCUGUUAUUGAUGACAUGCAAACAGCAAUACCGUCUAUUGCUCACAUGGCACUGGUCGCUUUACAAAAUCAAGGUAUUCUCAAAUGCGUUAUCUCACAGAAUUGUGAUGGUCUUCAUUUACGGAGUGGUUUAAAUCCGACCGGCGUCGCUGAAUUACAUGGCAACAUGAAUUUGGAGACGUGUUCAAAAUGCGAAGCAAAAUACUUACGUGAUUUUGAUACUGUUGGCACUCGCACCCAUUAUACAGGUCGUCGAUGUGAUAAACUGAAUUGCCGUGGCCGAUUGAAAGAUUCUAUUAUUGAUUUUGGCGAAGAUUUACCUCAAGAUGAACUUGACAAAGCAUUUUAUCAUGCAGAACAAGCUGAUCUGUGUCUCGUUCUAGGCAGUAGUUUGACGGUCACACCAGCCUCUGAUAUUCCAAAACGCGUAGCAAAACGGAAACAAAAUUUAGCUAUUGGUAAUUUACAACGGACACCCUUGCACAAAGCGGCUGCACUCAAUAUUCAUGCGUUCAGUGAUGCUAUCAUGCAAGGUAUCAUGGAACGAUUGAAUAUUCCUAUUCCAACCUGGAUUGUUCGACGACGAGUUCAUAUCAGUUGUCAACAUAAUUCGAGGAAUCAGAAUAAAAAACAAAUUAUACUUGAGGGUCGUGAUCCAAACAAUCCAGAGAUUCCUUUCACACUAUUCGAAUCGAUUCAGAUAAUUGUUGAUCAGAAAGUCAUUAAGGAAAUUGCCCAUCAACCAUUCACAUUUGAUCUCGUGGACUAUGAUCAGCAACCAAUCACUAUUCGUUUGAAUUUCUUUGGACAUUAUAAUGAAAUUCCUUUUGACUUAACUUAUUCUAAUCUCAUAAGUAUUCCAAAUGACGAGCAGUUCUACUUAUUCUACAAUCCCAUGAUGGGACAAUGGAGAAAGACCACCAAUAAAGAUGAUUUGCCUGUUUGA